AUGAAUCAUACGAUGAAUCACAGCAACGGACCCUCGGAUAUCUCUCGGGUCAGUGGAAGCUUCUUACAUGAUCCUCGGCAACUCGAUAGAGUCUCGACGCUGCUUACGAGUCUUAUCUCUAAAUCAGACAAAGAAGACCACGAAUUUUCAAAAAUCAAAGCCUAUGUCGGAAUUUCCCUCUUCAAAUAUGUGAUGAGAUAUGGAUCGGGUAAUAAUACUUACUUUAAUCGUGAUCGGCUAGUCACAUCAGGACGUUAUAACAGCAAAUGGCAAGACUUAUUUAUGCACCUCUUUGCAGCUGAGGGCCUCGCCGUCGACCCGACCAGACUUGCCAGCGUCCUCUCCAGAACAGCAACUCCAUUGCGCCAUUCAACUCAAGCAAUCUCGAAUGCCAUCGGCCAAGGCAUUGCAAUGAAGAACCUAGCAAUGCUCUACAAUAAACCAGGCCUGGAGUUGUUGUAUAACAUGAUCUGGUGUGUUAUUGACGAUGCCAACUUUCUGCAGGGUAGCACUCUUGAGACAGUUGCCCUAGCUGGUUGCUGGAGGCUGAACAACCUUUGCGUCAUCUAUGAUGGCAUUCAGAGCGCUCGAAGUCCUAGCGUUGAUGUUUCCAAGUUGAAGUCGCAUGGUUGGAACGUGAUUGAACUGGUGAAUGACAACAACCUCACCGUCACUGCUCUUGGAGCCGCAAGAAGAAGCAAUGUACCGACCUUUGUCAACAUCCAACCGCCAGACAACUCGACGUCCCAUAGGCUUCCCUUCCCUCCUAAUAUCAACACUCCGUUACCCCUCCUUCUCGAACUGUACGACUUCUUCCAGGAUGUAAGCAAGAGGAGCAAGUUCUAUGAGGCUGAAUGGCUAGUCAAAGUCAAGACAUAUGAAGAAUUGUAUCCAGCGCUUGCCAAGGAGUUUUGGAACAAUGUUGCCGGCAAGAAUCUCGCUAAGCCAACAAACCCCAUAACUCCACCUCUGUCGCCCUUGCCGUGCUCCCGGGGAGGAAAACACAGCUCUAUCAGGAGAGGCAAGCCGUCACAACGACCAGGUCGACGCUCAACGCCAGACGGAGCAAAAUCCGAAAUCCUUCAUGUCCGCCCUUGCGACGCCGAAGAAGCUGCAGGCGCCUUUCUCGUGUCUAUCAGAUCGACUGAGUUGCCCACAACGAUUUCCCUUCCGCAGAAUGGUACCAUCAGCUUUCCAGGUCAUUCAUCUCGCCUGGGCGUGACGCUUGGAGCUUACGCAUUCUCCAACUGUCACGGGGAGGACUUUGAUAUGACACUGAUAAGCGCGGGUGUUGGGAUUUACUACGCAAUGGGUACGCAAGAUUUCCUUCUAAAGAAAUAUUGUCUGAAGGCUAGGAUAGUUUCAUGUCCCUGCCUCAAACUCUUUCAGUUGCAAACAGAGAAGUACAAGAGAUCUGUCCUUCAGCCCCAGAGUGGGAGGCCGACAGUAGCGAUUGACUUUGGGAAUAGUCAAGGAUGGGAGCCAUACGCGGAUGCGCUGGUCUCGCUGGAGGACGGCGAUAAUGGAGAAAUGGGGAAUAAUCAACCUGAUAAGAUUGGACCAAGGGUCAGAGAUUUUGUUAAAGAGUUUAAAGAGAGAAAGACUAGAUAA